AUGCCGUCUACACCGUUCCCUCUUCUACGCACUCCCCAUGUUGUCAUCCGUGAAGUACUGAAAUUAUUCCACUGUAAAGAUUUAGUCCUGUUUUCCCUUUGCUCGAAGAGGACCACCCGACUUGUUAAACUACACAAUAAUCGAUACAAUGGCAACGAGUUACACGUGAAUUGUGAUACUGUACCGGAAGUGAGAUGGUGUCGAACUGGUGAUCGAUCAACUUAUACAUUGUUGGGUGUCAGUAGUAUGCCAGAAGCAAUUUCUGAAAGUAAAGAAGAAAUAGUUGAGAUUCGUGGUCACCGAGUUCCAAUCGGUUAUGACCAUCAGUUAAAGACAUGGGUGACUUAUUGGGAUGAUCCGAUUCAGGGAAUGAAGAAUGUCGUGGAAUUCUUAUCGGAUGCUUUAAAGUGUCCACCUGUCAGAAUAGGAUUCGACCGGAAGAGUAUGUGGGCUCUCGAUUGGGCGAACAGUAUUGGAGUAACCACUGUGUACAGCGAUUCUAAUGAGAGUUUUAGUGAAGACGAGUAUGCAUACAUUCUGCAAAACUGUGCAGCACCGACUCUAGAUCUUUGCACCUCCCCGGUCAAUGUUCAUCUCUAUAGAUACACUGGACACUUUUUGGAACGCGACACAAUAAGAAUUUCCAACGGAAUGUGGAUGACACUCGAUAACUUGAUAAAUCUCAAAUGUGCUGAAAUCAAGAUAGACUUUACUCGAUUCACAUAUGAUGAUUUGAAUGAGUUUCUGAAACAAUGGUUGGCUGGAAAAUUCCCACGUCUUGAAAGAGCUUCGAUUGCAAUGAAUCCUUAUUUCUAUUCUGAAGAGGAUCUUCUCAAAGGAAUCGAGAACCCGAUGACUAAACGUGUUGAAUGGAAGGAGUGGAAGAGAAACACGUUUAAGUUCUAUUCCAGAGGAUGGGAUAUCAAAAUGGACGACGGAAGAACUCUGACUGCUUGUUAUUGUUACAAAAACAUGAGUGUUUGCAUGGCGGUGUGGCCACAGUGA